AUGGAGCUGGGAGCAGGGGGGCACCCCUGUGGGGUCUGCAGGGGCACCCCAGCAGGGACCUACAUCAUCCAGAGCAGGGGCCCUGACUCUCCAGCAGAUUUCAUGGAGCUGAUGAUGCUCCAGAGCUCCCAGAUGCACCAGGUGCUGAUGAAGAGCCUGGCUCUGUCUGCGCUGGCAGCCUUUGGGCUUGGGCCAUCCCCGGCUGCUGCCCAGCCAGUGCCUGGGCCUUUGCAGCCGGCAGAGGGAGAGGAGGCUGUGGUGUUCCACCACCACUACAUCCCCUACCCCUGUCCCCCUCCCGUCCUGGCAUGGCCGGGCCCGGUACAGGAGCGGGGGCCGGCAGCUGUGCGGUACCUGGGCUCCGGAGCUGACCAUGGGGAGCUUGUGGUACCACCCCCCCCGCCCCCCAGUGCCACCGGGACCGUGGGAGCCAGCAUCCCACCAGCAUCGGAGUACUACAACAUGGUUGAAGAGAGCCUGUGA